AUGGCCAGCAAAUUACCAAAUGAGAUAAUGCUUUACAUUUUUAUGUCGAUUUUUCGCGAAACAAGCACUUGUAAAAGAUGGAAUGAACUAAUUCCGGUUGUAAUUUCUGAUGAAUUAUUAAAAGGUUAUGAAACUGGUUGGCUUUUCAUGAUCGAAACGGUAAAGGAUAAGAUUAACAUGUGUCCAAAUAAUAAUAAAAAACCCAUUGAAUCCAGAAAACAAAUGUUCUUUACGGAAUUCAUCAGAUAUGAUUCAACAUACCAAACAUUUGAUUUCAAAUUUAACGAUGAUUUCGAGGCAUUGUUUGACAAAAAGAAAUGUAUUAAAUUAUGGGUAACGUAUUAUAAAGUUGGAAGUUAUCGAUAUGUCGGAAGUACGAAGAUGACACUCGAGAAUAAAAAUAAUAAGGGUAAAUCACAAGAUGAUUUUUGUUGCUUUGAGGGUAUUAAUUAUGAAAAAAGUUAUGGAAUUAUACGUGAUAAAGGCAAAGUGGACAAAUUUCAAAUGCAAUUUAUCAAAGUAAAAGAUUCUUUACUUGUGAAAUUAUUAGAAAGUUUGCUGAAGUCAAAAUGUUGCAAUCAAAAUUAA